CGCACGCCUCCUGUUAUUCCGUCACUAACGCCUCACGCAAAAAAAGCUGACGUACUCGGGAAAAAGAUUAGGAUAAUUCGACGGAGACGAGCACCCGAUCCGAUCAAUCAACUUCCCCGCCCCGCAGUAUAGCCAUAUAUAUCAGAUCGCCCUGUCCAGGAUUCCCGGGACCCCAGGGAUGAUACCACUGGGGACGAAACACAGCGGAUAAGUUAGCCAGUGGGCCAGCGUGUGUGUGUGUGCGUGUGCAAAGCUGGAAAAUUGUUGCUGCGCAGCGAAGGAAUAUAAAGAACAUAUAGCAUCAGAAUUGGUAUGACGAAGAUAAAGAUAAAGCUAAGGCUAAAGACAGAGGCAUAAAGCUAGAGGAUAAACCGAAAAUCGGGAGUUUUAACAACCAAAUUCAGUGCCUUUGCAGCAGCAACAAGGUGUACGUGCGUGUGCGUGUGUGUUGCCUGCGCAGUGUGUUGUUGUUGCAGUUGCAAUCGCCAGUGGCUGUUGUUGUUGUUGUUGCUGUGUGACACAACAGUAACAAAAUAUUGAGCCGCCGAGCAAAACACAUGAUGUGGUCGUUCUUCUCGCGCGACUCCUCGAAAGACUUCCCUUAUGACAUUGGCGAACCCGUUGGCGGUUUUGAUCAGUACUCCAUAUGGACACUGCACAAAGCCAAACGCAAGACCACGCUAGAGGAGGUGUCCGUAUUUGUCUACGACAUCCGUAGUGGGUCGGAUACCAAAUGCGAGCUGGCAAAAGCAUCGCUGAAGAGGCUAAAGACAUUGCGUCAUCCCAGCAUCCUGCAGUACCUGGACUCCCUGGAAACGGAUAAGAUGCUGUAUGUGGCCACCGAGGCGGUUGAUCCGUUGGGCAGCUACUUUGCUAAGCUCGGCAGUGACAAUGUUCAAAAGGGCCUCUACCUGGCCUGGGGCAUCUUCCAGAUCACUCGCGCCUUGUCCUUCCUUAACAACGAUGGCAAUCUGCGGCACAACAACGUGUCCGCCUGGUCGGUGUUCGUCAAUGCCUCUGGCGAGUGGAAGCUGGGCAGUCUGGAAUAUGUCUCAGCGGCUGACGGCAAUCCCAUGCCGCCCGCCAAGAUACCAGUUACCCUGGAGGUCUACGAUUCCCCUGAGAAAAACGAUCAGAGCAAGCUCAAAGCAGCCACAAAAUGUUCCGUGGACAUGUGGGGUCUGGGCUGUCUGGUAUGGGAAGCCUUCAAUGGUGUGCUCAAGCAACGCUCCAACCUCAAGGAUUUAGAACAUAUACCCAAGUCCCUGCAAUCGCUCUACUGUGAGUUAGUGGGAGCCUCGCCUUCAAAUCGCCCCAAUCCGGCGGAUAUAAUCACUCGUUGCCGUAAGCCAGGAGGAUUCUUCAAGAACGAUUUGGUGGACACACUGCUCUUCCUAGAGGAAAUCCAGAUCAAGGACAAGGCGGAGAAGAAUCGCUUCUUCAGUGGGCUGACCACGCAUCUGGACAACUUUCCGGACAAUGUGUGCAGACACAAGAUACUUCCACAGCUGAUAACAGCCUACGAGUACGGCGACGCGGGCUCGGCAGUACUGGCACCCAUGUUUAAGCUGGGCAAACUACUGGAUGAAGUGGAGUACCAGAAACGCAUAGUGCCCUGUGUGGUCAAGUUGUUUGCUUCCACGGAUCGGGUGACGCGAUCGCGUCUGCUACAGCAGCUGGACCUGUUCAUCGCGCAUUUGCAGCCACAGGUGGUCAACGAUCAGAUUUUCCCCCAGGUGGCUCACGGGUUCCUAGACACCAAUGCCACAAUUCGUGAGCAGACGGUCAAGUCGAUCAUCCAUUUGGCACCCAAGUUGAACUACAACAAUCUGAAUGUGGAGGUUCUGCGUCACUUUGCAAGGCUGCAGGCGCGGGAUGACCAAGGCGGAAUUCGAACUAAUACGACUGUGUGUUUGGGCAAGAUCGCGCCGCACUUGCAUCCGCAGGUGCGCCAGCGUGUGCUGGUCUCCGCCUUCAUCCGCGCCAUGCGGGAUCCUUUCCCGCCCGCACGAGUCGCCGGAGUUUUGGCUCUAGCCGCCACACAGCAGUACUUUUUGCUCAGCGAAGUGGCCAACAGGGUUCUGCCAUCUCUGUGUUCCCUCACCGUCGAUCCGGAGAAGACGGUACGUGAUCCGGCGUUCAAAACCAUCCGAGGAUUUUUGGGAAAGCUGGAGAAGGUAUCCGAGGAUCCAAGUUUGCGAGAGACAAUGGAGGCGGAUGUCCACACGGCCACGCCUUCAAUUGGCAAUGCGGCGGCCACCUGGGCGGGAUGGGCGGUGACGGCCGUCACAGCCAAGUUCUAUCGCAGCCAAAGUGAUUCGUCUCGACCACGACCGCCUUUAACUGGACGCAAUCUGUCCAAGCCAGCGUCGCUGGAGCAACCAUCGAGCAGCAGUUUAUCGACCACCACAAGUAGUGUUACCUCAAUGACGUCGCUGGAGCAUGAAAGCAAUGACACCUCCGCCUCGGCCUCGGAUUAUGGCAACAACGAUUGGGACAACGAAAACUGGGGCGAAAUGGAUACCUCUCAGGAUCCCAGCAGUCCGCUGGCAGCCAGCUCUAAUAAUGGUGCCAUGAUGGCAGCCAAUGCCUUGAGCGAAGUGCGCGAUGGCUGGGACAACGAGGAGUGGGGCAGCCUUGAAGAGGAUCCGUGCGAGGAGGAAGAACAGGCAGAGCAGGAGCAGCAGCAACAGCAACUGGCCAGACAAUCUAUAUCAUCCACCACGUCGACGUCAGUCCACAGUCAGCAUAAUCAGCGUCCGCUGCUGCCACAUCAGCAGCAACAUCCCCAUCAACAGCAGCUCCAGCAGCACGAGUUGAAUGAUCUGAUCGAGCCGCUGGCCAAGCUUAACUCACACGUCACCUCGCCGUCAAAGCAGUCGAUGCUGCGGCCAAAGGAGCUGCCCAAUCUAUCCAGCAGCAAUACGUCGCCCACGUCGGCCACUGCCAAUUGCAAUAACAUUAGCCCGCCUUCGUCGCAUUUGAAUAAUUCGACGCAUAAUGCCAAUUGGAAUAGCGAUUCGUGGGCCGACGGGGAGUUUGAGCCACUGGAUGAAUCGGGACUUGGAAAUGCCAAACUGGACGAGGCUCGCCGCAAGCGUGAGGAGAAGAAGCUGCAGCGGCAGCGAGAGCUGGAGGCGCGACGUGCCCAGCGGGCGAGCGGUCCCAUGAAGCUGGGCGCUAAAAAGCUUUAAAAGUAAUCAGCGGAUAACAGCGAUGCGUGUUAUUCGACUGUUAUUUUCAUCGUACAUCUAAGCCCAAAGUGUAUUUUGUAUAUUUCUGUGCGUGUGUGUCUUUGUCCCGCUCCCAAUCGUCCCGCUCUGUGUGCUUUGUGUUUUUUGGGAAACAGUUUGCAUUAAAUGCAAUCUCAGUGACUCGAGUCUCCAUUUCGAUUCCGUAACCUAGCCGUAUUGUAUUUCUAAUGCUGGCACGAUAUUAGCUAAUAUAUAUUCAGCGUCUCUAACGAACUUUCCAAUGUAAAGCACUGUAAUUAAAACCUGUAAUUUAUAUUUAUAAUAC